AUGGCUGUGAACAACACAUUCGUCGCCUCCCUGCUGACUUUUGCACACAUACUGAGCCGGCUUUGCAUUCCACUUCUCGCAAGCGGAAAUUCGACAACGCAAUCUCCGGGAACAAUUAUCAACAUUUCGUCUACUCGCGCAUACCAGUCCGAGUCCGAUCACGAAGCAUACUCUGCUGCAAAAGCUGGACUUCUUGGGCUCACUCAGUCAAUGUCAAUUUCGCUCGGCCAUCGACACAACAUUAGAGUCAAUGCGAUUAUCCCUGGGUGGAUACAUGUCGCGAACGAGUGCAAAAAGGCCGACGAAGAAGCGGUGGAGUGGCAAGAAGGUUUAAGCAAAGAGGAUAUCAAAUGGCAUCCCGCGGGCCGGGUUGGCAAAGCGGACGAUAUCGCUAGGGCUGUAGACUAUCUUAUUGGCAGUGAUUUCGUGACUGGACAAGAGGUUGUUGUGGAUGGAGGUGUCGGAAGAAAGAUGGUUUACCCAGAAUGA